AGGGAGAGCACGCGGGCGCAGGGCAGCCGCCGGCCACGCCGCUCCCAUAAACACUUGUUUAGGACUCGUUCGCCUCGCUGAGGUCCCCGGCUGCCCAGGCAUGGAGCCCCCGCCAGACCCCCACCCCCCCGCCUCGGCCGCGGCGCCUCUGCGUGCCCCGGAGGUGGCGCGACUCUGCGAGGAGCAGGAGAAGGUGGUCACUAACUGCCAAGAGAAAAUCCAGCAUUGGAAGAAGGUAGAUGAUGACUAUAAUGCUCUUCAAGAAAGACUCAGUACUUUGCCUGAUAAGCUGUCUUAUAAUAUCAUGGUACCAUUUGGCCCCUUUGCCUUCAUGCCAGGAAAACUUGUCCAUACCAAUGAAGUGACUGUUUUACUUGGGGACAACUGGUUUGCAAAGUGCUCCGCAAAGCAGGCUGUAGGUUUAGUUGAGCACCGGAAGGAACAUAUAAGAAAAACAAUAGAUGAUUUAAAAAAAGUGAUGAAAAAUUUUGAAUCCAGAGUUGAAUUCACAGAAGAUUUGCAGAAAAUGAGUGAUGCUGCAGGUGAUAUUGUUGACAUAAGGGAAGAAAUUAAAAGUGACUUCGAAUUUAAAGGAAAACAACGAAUUGCUCAUAAACCUCAUUCUAAACCAAAAACUUCAGAUAUUUUUGAAGCAGAUUUUGCCAAUGAUGUAAAAUCCAAGGAUUUUCUUCCUGAUAAGGAACUGUGGACUAGACUUGAAGAACUAGAGAGACAAGAAGAAUUACUGGGUGAACUUGACAGUAAACCUGAUACUGUCAUUACAAAUGGAGAAGAUACAACCUCUUCUGAAGAGGAGAAAGAAGAUCAAAACACAAACGUGAAUGUCAUGCAUCAAGUAACAGACUCCCUUAUUCCCAGCAGUUGUCUGAAGGGUGUUGUCAGUUCAGAACUAUUCAGAGGUCAAGUGAAUAGUAAAUUGAACUGUUCAGUGAAUGGUUCAGAUUCUUAUCACAGUAAUGAAGAUGAAGAAAAAGAAGAAGAAGAAGAUGAUGAUGAUGGUGGUAGUGAUAAUGAAAAUGACCAUGAUGCUUCAGGGGUUGGAGAUCAUUCUGUACCAACAAUAUACUUUUCUCAUACUGUUGAACCUAAGAGGGUUCGAAUAAAUACGGGGAAAAAUACUACUUUAAAAUUCAGUGAAAAGAAAGAAGAAGCCAAACGUAAACGAAAGAACAGCUCUGGCAGUGGUCAUUCUGCCCACGAGCUGCCUACAAUCAGAACUCCUGCUGACAUUUACAGAGUUUUUGUUGAUGUUGUGAAUGGAGAAUAUGUCCCUCGUAAAUCAAUUCUCAAGUCUCGAAGCAGAGAGAACAGUGUUUGUAGUGAUACCAGUGAGAGCAUUUUGGAAGAGGAACCACAAGAAGAAAAUCAUCAAAAGAAACCGUUGCCCUCAUCGGGAGCACCUGAGGCUUUUUCUGGAACUGUAAUAGAAAAAGAAUUUUUAUCAUCCUCUUUAACACCACACCCAGCCAUUGCUCAUCCUGUUCUGCCCACCAUUCCAGAGAGAAAAGAAGUUCUGUCAGAAGCAGCAGAGGAAACUGCAAAAAGGGUUUCAAAGUUCAAAGCUGCCAGAUUGCAACAGAAAAGCUAGGAAAUGAGAGUUUACAUCCUCAAACCUAGUUGUGCAUUUUUAGAAUAUACGUAACAAAAUAUGUGACAUGUAGUGUGAAAUAAGGCAUCCUGAGUUAGUUUGGCAGCAACUUUUUUAUCCUUAUCAGUGGUACUAAAAAAAUUCAAAGUAAAUGUUUGAAUACUUUAAUAUUCAGCUUGUUUGUUAAUUCUCUCAAUACUGUCUAAGUUGGUCUUAUGAUGCAGUGGUAGCAUUUCAAAUUAUUUUUCAAAGAAUACUGUUCAUGUGCAUUGUUUUUGUGUUUCAAACUAAAUACAAGCAGUUUUGUAGCAGCUGUGAUGUUGUGUGUACCAUAUGGACCAUUUUAAAGAAACUUUUAAAAUUUCAGUGGAUUCAACAAUUAUAUUACUUGCUUUCGCAUUUUAAAAGCACUUUAAAAAAAAUCUACUUCCCUUCUAGGUUUUGCAGCUAGGUGGCUAUUUAAAAAAAACCUCUCCCCUUUGGAUGUAAUACUGUAAUCUUUAAGGCAGAAUGCUACAUGUACCCUGUGGGAAAGUCUCCUUGAUUGGAAGAAUAUUUUGUAAAAACAUUUUUUCAAGUAAAAAUUUUAUGAAACUUGGCCUCUAAAAUGUGAAUUUUAUGAUUUAGAAUUGAGCAUAGAAAUGUCUUUGAAUCAUAUAUGUGCUACGUAUACCUCACAACAGAUUGUUAAAUUCUUAAAUUCCAUAGGCACUUCUCCUCCUUGUGUGUACAGUUUUCACUGGGACAGAAGGAAAAUUUGUUCAGAUGCUAAAGUAGAUUUUAAAAUAAAAAUUUCUUAAUGUUUUAA